AUGACAGGCAGACCUGCUGCUGCAGCAUCAAGCAAGUGGUUGGAUGGUUUUCAAAAAUGGUAUUAUAGCGAUGCAGGAUUCAACAAGCUGGGUUUAAUGAGAGAUGAUACAACAUAUGAGACUGGAGAUGUGAAAGCAGCCAUAAGAAGGCUUCCUGAGAAUCUUUAUAAUGACAGAAUGUUUGGAAUUAAGAGAGCCCUGGACCUGACCAUGAGGUAUCAGAUCUCGCCUAAGGAGCAGUGGACAAAGCACGAGGAGGACAAACUCUACCUUGAACCCUAUCUGAAAAAGGUUAUUCGGGAAAGGAAAGAGAAGGGAGAAAGGGCGAAGAAGUGA